UCAAAGUCGAGAACAAAGCUGUCCUCAGUAAGAUACAACUCCACGUUUCUUUCAUAUCUAUUCCCUCAUGGACCAAACAGCGGGCAGCGAAAUUCCUCCUCCUCUACGGCCCCCAAUCUCUCUGCUUCCUGCGCUUCCGGUCGGUGCCAGAAUCGCCAUGCCAUCGCUGAAGAAACCUGACUGGAUCCUCAUCCUUCUCAUAUGCCUCGUAUACCUGGAACUGUCGUGGCUAAUCGUGGUCGUCUGGCGCAGUUGUAAUUGAUGGCUGGGGAAUCCCUAGCGAGUCAU